AUUUUGCUUCUUUUUUCUGCCACCACCGUCUUCUAUGACCUUGUAUUAUAUGAUACCACUCUAUAUAUGAAAAAAGUUGAAAACAAACCCAAAAAAGGGUUAAGACCAAUGAACUAAAAAUUGUGUGUUACAAAUCAAAUAAUUCCAACCUGUUCUUUCUGUUCAUAGAUUGGUUAAUUGAUACAUUUUGUUUCAAUUAUUUUUCAAAUUUGUGAUAAUUAAUAGCGUUGUUGAUUUUAAAUAAUGAAGAGAAGUUACUCAGAAUCUUCAUCUUCAAGUUCUUUUGGACCUCCUCAAUCCAAAUUUAAGCCCAACCCACAAGGCGACACUAAUUUUCUGGAAGAUGAGAGUACAAAAAUCUUUGCCAGGAAGGUGGCUGAUCAUUACAGUGCGAGGACCAACCAAACUCUUGAAGAGCGCGAAGCAAGUCCUAUCAUCCAUUUAAAGAAACUUAACAAUUGGAUCAAGAGUGUCUUGAUCCAACUUUAUGCCAAAAGAGGGGAUGCAGUUCUUGAUCUUGCUUGUGGGAAGGGUGGUGAUCUCAUUAAAUGGGAUAAAGCAAAGAUUGGAUAUUAUGUCGGUAUUGAUAUUGCUGAUGGUUCAAUAGAAGACUGCAGAACUCGUUACAAUGGUGAGGCAGAUCACCAUCAGCGCCGCAAAAAGUUCUCAUUUCCUGCCAGACUUUUCUGUGGAGAUUGUUAUGAGGUUCGAUUGGAUAGGGUUUUAGCAGAUGAUGCACCUUUUGAUGUUUGUAGCUGUCAGUUUGCUAUGCAUUAUUCGUGGUCUACUGAGGCACGUGCACGUCGUGCGCUGGCCAAUGUGUCAGCUUUACUCCGACCUGGAGGAAUAUUUAUUGGAACAAUGCCAGAUGCCAAUGUCAUUGUCAAGAAGUAUAGAGAAGCUGAGGGGCUAGCCUUUGGUAAUAGUGUUUAUUGGAUAAAGUUUGAUGAAGAAUUUUCAGAGAAGAAAUUUAAAUCUUCAAAUCCUUUUGGAAUCAAAUACAAGUUCCAUCUGGAGGAUGCUGUUGACUGUCCCGAGUGGAUUGUUCCUUUCCAUGUCUUCAAGGCAAUGGCAGAAGAGUAUGACUUCGAGCUUGUUUUUGUGAAGAAUAACCACGUAUUUGUGGAAGAAUACAUGAAGAAACCAGAGUUCGUUGAGCUUAUGAGGAGGCUCGGUGCAUUAGGUGAUGGGAACCAAGACCAAAGUACUCUAUCACCAGAUGAAUGGGAGGUAGCCUACCUUUAUUUGGCAUUUGUUCUAAGGAAGCGAGGCCAACCAGAUCAAACACAAAGAAAACCUAGACGAGACAAAGGCAAGAUGCAUUUGACAAAAGACGAUAUCGAGAAUGUUAACGGUGCAGUAUAGUGCUUUGCUCCAACCUUUGAAACUGAAAAGCUGUUAUGACACAGAAGAGAGCCAGUCAACAAAAUGUGCCCCAUUCAAGUUGAUAAAUAGCUGCUAAUCAAUUUUGCAGAAUAAAGACUAUAGUUUUGGCCUAAUCAUUUAUUACAACUUCAACUUGCUAUAAUACUCCAGCAGAAAGAGAGCCAGAAUAACUGAAAAGAAACUGGCUUCUUUUCAGUUGAUGUGGGCCAGAGGUGGCUGAUUCUAAUGAAACUAGUCACCAGUGCAAUGUUUGUCCACUUGCAGCUUAACAUGUAAUUCUCGGUACCAUUACAAAUUAAAAGAGAGAAAAUAACCAAAAAAUUCUAGAAAUAUCAAGAUCAAAAUGUUCUUACAAAGACAAUUCGUUGCUGAUAUCAAGGUCAAAUAUAUGUUCUUUGAUUACUUAUGUUU